GGAAGGGGAGGAGGUGGUGAAAGGGGACAUGGCAGAAUCAAGCCAAGAACCAGCAGGCACUGGAGUCACUGCAAGUGAUACUAUUGGUGAAGUUUCUGAGAGUGGGCCCUCUGUUGCUGGCAUAACUCCUGACACUGACUUGGUGAUUCAUGAACUGAAUCCUAGUGCGCUGUUGGAUGCUGCUGACCGCGGUUCAACAGGACAUGUUGUGGAAGGGAGCAGAGCAACAGGCUCUGAUAUCAGUGCAACCGUAACCGUUACUGCUGCAUCAGGUAGUGACAGCGUGAGAUCUGGGAGUGCAAGUGGCACAGUGCUGCCGUGGGGCGCGCACAAGGAGCGGUCCCCAUACCCAGCCUGUGUCCACAUAGACAUGGACAUCAGACCGGGAGAGUUUGUUAUGCGCACCCUUUUUGCUGAGUUCACUGUUCAGGCAGAAAAGAAAAUGGAAGCUGUGAUGGCUGAACCACUGGAGCGGCCAUUGUCCAAAGUUCUGCAGAGGGGAGAAGAUUCACAAUUUGACCAGUUGUUAAGUGCAUUUGGUUCAGUAGCUGAACACUGCUUGCCAUCCAUUCUUCGUGCUCUGUUUGCAUGGUAUGAAAGGCAGAUGGUGGAUGGAGGAACAACUGAGCAGAGGAAGGUGGACUUGAAAGGGAAAAGCACAGAAAAUGUGGAACGCAGUGAGGCGGAUACUCUUCAAGAACGGCGGGAUUUAGCAGUGGAAUUUAUCUUCUGUCUUGUGCUGAUAGAAAUCUUACGUCAACUGUCUUUUCAUCCUGGACAAGAUGAUCUUGUUACAUACAUAGAGAACCUAGCAUUCAAGCACUUUAAGUACAGGGAAGGAAUUCAGAGUGGACCAAAUGCAGCAAACAUACACAUUAUAGCUGAUUUAUAUGCAGAAGUUAUCGGAACUUUGGCCCAGUCUCGAUUCAUGUCCGUUCGCAAGAGAUUCAUGGCUGAACUGAAAGAACUGAAGAGCAAGGAACCAAAUCCAAACACAACGCAGAGCAUCAUUUCGCUGCUCAUGGGCAUGAAGUUUUUCCGAGUAAAGAUGGUACCUAUUGAAGAAUUUGAAGCAUCAUUUCAGUUUAUGCAAGAGUGUGCUCAGUACUUCCUUGAGGUGAAAGAUAAGGAUGUGAAACAUGCGCUCGCUGGUCUCUUUGUUGAAAUUCUAGUCCCUGUUGCAGCUACUGUGAAAAAUGAGGUGAAUGUUCCAUGUCUGAAGAACUUUGUUGAGAUGUUGUAUUCACAGACGCUGGACAUGUGUACCAAGUCAAAACACAGACUGGCUCUGUUUCCUCUAGUCACUUGUCUUCUCUGUGUCAGUCAGAAGAUCUUUUUUCUCCAAAACUGGCACUACUUUCUGGCAAUGUGCCUUUCACAUCUUAAAAACAGAGACCCCAAGAUGUGUCGGGUCGCUCUAGAAUCACUGUAUCGCUUACUGUGGGUGUACAUGAUCAGAAUCAAGUGUGAAAGUAAUUCUGCAACUCAGUCACGCUUGCAGAGCAUCGUAAACUCUCUGUUCCCGAAGGGCUCUAAAGCCGUGGUUCCGAGAGACACCCCGCUCAAUAUCUUCGUCAAGAUAAUACAGUUCAUUGCUCAGGAACGUUUGGAUUUUGCAAUGCGUGAGAUUGUGUUUGACUUGCUGUCAGUAGGGCGGCCAAUUAAGAUUAUUCUCACACCUGAGAGAAUGAGCAUUGGACUUCGAGCAUUCCUUGUAGUGGCAGACAGUUUACAGCAGAAGGAAGGCGAGCCACCCAUGCCACGUACGAUGGGAGUUCUUCCUUCGGGCAACACACUCCGAGUCAAAAAGACAUUCCUGAACAAGAUGUUGACUGAAGACACUGCUCGCAGUAUUGGGAUGUCGUCGUAUUUUCCUCAUGUCCGACGAGUGUUUGUGGAUAUCCUUAGAGCAUUAGAUGUUCACUACGGACGGCCACUAAUGAUGACUAGUACACAGAAUGUUAAUAAGGAACCAGAUGAAAUGUUGACUGGUGAACGGAAGCCCCGCAUAGAUCUCUUUAGAACGUGUGUUGCUGCCGUUCCUCGUGUCAUACCAGAUGGAAUGACUGGUACCGAAUUAGUCGAUCUUUUGGCAAGGUUAACAGUUCACAUGGACGAAGAAUUAAGGGGACUUGCAUAUCAAAGUCUUCAAACACUUGUCAUGGAUUUUCCUGAUUGGAGGCAAGAUGUUAUAUAUGGGUUUACGCAGUUUCUUGCCCGUGAUGUUCAAGAUACAUUUCCGCAGUUGGUGGAUAAUGGACUACGAAUGUUACUGCAGUUACUUACUAGCUGGAAGAAUGCUCUGGCUCCAAAUUCUCUGCGUGGGUCAAAAGAUGCGAUGGGAUCUGAUGGAGCUCGUGGAGGGAACAGAGAUUUGCAAGUGGCUAGAAAGGCUGAACAUGUUCAAAAAAUGGAGCCUGUGUCAAAUGUUUUCCAUCUUGUGGAAGGAUUUGCCCUAGUUAUGUUGUGCAAUUGCCGUCUUUACCCACGUCGUCUGUCAGUCCACAUUUUGCGAGAGGUAAAGAUGCUGAUCAAGAGCGUAGGAUGCUGCGAAGAUGACCAGCCAGUUAUUGACGUAAUCGACCGUUGCUGUCCGCAAGUCAUGGAGAAAUGUCUGGGAAUGCUCCCACCUGCAGAAAAGGCCGCGGCACUGUCUGUCUCCAAUGUAGAUCUCCAGUGGAUCGCCGAUCGUAGCUCAUGCGUUUGGACUGCAGGUUUUCAGGAUGAAAACAGUACCAAAAGUUCUUCAUCGUUGAACCUGAAUGGUGUUGAUCCUUGGAGCACCUGUUUGUUUGGAUUUCUUGAAAGAGGUCGAGUUCUUUCCCUCUGUCCAUCUGCUGUUAUGCACUCGUGGCCAAUUGUGUAUGGCAGAAUAAAUCCUCUCUUUUCAGUUGUUGACCCAACGCCCGUGAAUGAUAAUAGAGCUUCCUUACUGAGGGGUUCAACCACCGUAAAGAAACCCGUUAAUGAGAGAGAUAUUUACAUGCAUGUAUGGAAAAAUUAUGUGACGUUUGCAUUUCGCGUUGUUCCUCCUGUUCCGAGCCCAAUCGUAAGAUGUGCGUCUCCGGAUCUCAGUCUCAGUUCGUCGCCGGACAGUCUCGCAACCGAGCGCAAUGACAACAAGUCUCCUGGAGGGAAUGUGUCACCAGCAGGAUUGUACAAACUGGUAAUUCCGCUCUUGCGCUGUGAAACUGUUGACGUGAGGGAUGCGGCAGUUCACGCAUUAGGCAAAGUUAACUCGGAUGCUCUCAAGGACCUGAUGGAAGAACUGGUGAUAUAUAUCCGCGAAGCUGUCGACAGAAAGCAAGAGAACAUGAGACGCAGACGGAGGCGCGACGCCUUGAGACUGCAGUUAGUCAGAGUUUUUGAACUUGUGGCAGAAUAUGGCACGUUCGGUGUCAGUCCUUGCGUUUUGGACAGAGAUACGCAGUCCCUUCAUCCGACAUUUGUCGAAUACAUCGAUGGAGCGCGACUCUACCUAGAGAAUGAGGCGGACAAAGAAGCUCCGGCUGUCAGGGACAUCAAAUUGCACUUCUGCAACUUUAUUCGCAAGAUGAUCAAGAGCUUUUCCUUGGAAACGUGCCUGUCGCUCUUGAAGAGAGACGUGCGUUGCAACCUGUUCGCCCUGUUUGCCGGUUGGAGCGGGCGGUUUGGCCGACCGCUCGGUCACCCGACAUCGGGUCAGGACGCCGACGACCGGCCGUGCUCCGAACUUCAGUUGUCGGCCCUGCAGGCCAUGAGCGCUCUGCUGUGCUGUGGUCCUUGCUUCAAUCCUCAGGGCUUGGCAGAGGACGGGAUGCUGUAUCCUUGGCUUGACAUGUUGUUGUCCUCACGCGAUGAAAAGAUCUACCAGUUGGCCCGAGAGACUGUCGUUCUUUUGCUUGAAUGCAAUCCGGAUAUUGGGCCUCUCCUUGACUGGGUAGUUGACCGGUGCUACACGGGAUCCCCCGAAGUGGCCGACGGCUGUUUCCUGGCCUUGGCAACGAUCUUCAGCGCGAGGGAGUAUCCGUGUGACCAUUACACUGCGGUGAUCAAUGUGACUCUGAUGAAUACCGGGUGUCCAAGAACGUUGGUACAUGAGACAGCUCUUCAGCUCCUUCAGGUGUUGGACAAAAGGUUUUUUGGAGCAGUCGGUCCCCUGCCAGCGGAAGGCGACACGGGCGGUGAUAAGGGUCGAGGAACACUCGAUCUUCUGUUAUCGACUACUUACUGUCGAUCUCAGAUGUAUUUGUCUCGGCAGUUGGCACAGCUUCAUCCGGAAUUAACCAUGCCAAUGUUUUCUGAAAUCACGCAUCGCUUUCAGACAGCCCGACCAGAAGUACGCCAGCUUCUGUUGCAAUACUUACUGCCGUGGCUUCACAACAUGGAGCUUGUGGAUCCAAACGUUCCUCCUGCGAAUCCACUGUCUUAUUUUCAGUAUUACGCGACAGAACUGAAUCGACCUGGUAGUAGAAGGGAGGGUUGGGGGUCUGCAGAAGCCACGGAAAUGGUCCUGAACAAUCUCUUCUACAUCACGGCCAAGUUCGCAGACGAACACCCCAAGGAAACAGAAGAGUUGUGGGCCACUCUGUGUUCCUGGUGGCCGAACAAUCUCAAGGUCAUCAUCCGGUACCUGCUUAUCAUCUCUGGCAUGGCGCCUCAAGAACUUCUUCCUUACGCGAAGCGCGUGGUGUUGUACCUAGCUCGUGCGAGGUCAGACCGCCUCUUGGACGAGAUGAUGAGCGAACUGCAGACCGUGGAGACGCUGAACUGCCUCAUAGAACGCACGGAGACGCCUCCAUUCUACAGACUGACGAGCAUGAGGAAGGCGUCCAGCCACUCGGACGGCGGACCGGGUGGCGUUGGAGGGCAGGCUGACCCCGCCAGCCGCAGUGACCUGGGGGUCGAGAAGGGCACUAUUCACACCAAGCGACACAGUGGGGAGGACCCCGGGAAAACAGGAACAUCCAAGUCAGACUCCGCUCUGCGAGCUCUAGCUGGAAGUUUUGCACCACCGCGUACUGAAAAGACUCGCACUGCCAGUGGGCCGCCAAUGUUGUCAGACGAUAUGUCUACCCCCACCACUGAACCAGAGCUCCCGCCUGCCGAAGAAGGGUAUUGUCUGCGAGCGGGCACCGUCGACAGAUUUGACAUCCCUCAGCCCCACCCCCUUCCUAUGCCCGAGUACGGUGGCUACUUUGCUCCGCUUACUGAGUACUUGCCAGAUAGCUCGCAGCCAAUAAGUGGCUUUCAUAGGUGUAAUGUCGCAGUAAUGCUUCUGACAGACGUAGUGGUGGAUGGAGUUGACCUGGACUGGUCUAUUCACGUCCCCCUCAUGCUCCAUAUCUUGUUCCUGGGUCUCGAUCACACGUCGCUUCUGGGCCUGGGAAUCACCACUCCUACUCUGCCUGUCCUGUCACAUGUGUUUACAGAGCCGAACCAUGAGUUUGACAGCUACUUGCAAGGACCCGUGCCAUCUGCAGUAACUUCUACCGCGGUAGCCCUUCAGACAAGUUCUUCACCUGUCAUUGCAGUGUCAUCUGUUGGAGAGGGUAGUGUUGCGGUGGCUGCGCCCCCCGUUAUCAUAACAGUGGAGGAGAGGACGGGCCCUCAGCCUGGGCCAAAUAUGCCGAUUCAGGAUGUUAUCAAGUCGCUCAUCUUGUUCCUUGCUUCAAGACAGAACCAGUCCCUGUGGAACUAUGAAGAUAUAACAGCCAAGGUUUGGUCGGUGAGGAGUGUAGAACAGCUCGAUGUGUUCCUGCAGCAUGUGCUGAGAGUGUUCCGAGACUCUCUGCCCCACGCGCUUAUCAGUGAACGCUGGGCUCAAACUGCGCUGCAACUUGGCCUGUCUUGUUCUUCUCGCCAUUAUGCUGGACGCUCUUUGCAGGUAUUUCGAGCCCUUCGUGUGCCGAUCACUUCAAGGAUGUUGUCAGACAUAUUGUCUAGACUGGUAGAAACAGUAGCAGAGCAAGGCGAGGAUAUGCAGGGUUAUGUCACAGAACUUCUGCUGACAUUGGAAGCUGCUGUUGAUUCUCUGGAGUCCGACUUCCGACCGUUGGACUUCAUGAAGGAGAUCUUCAAGUCCACUCCUAAUCUCAACAACAAGGAACCGGUAGGCAGUAGUGGUGUGGUCGGUGGUAAGCGAAGUCCUGGGUGCGGUGUGGGGUACGUGUGCAGCUCAGGACCAUUGGCACAACAUCUUGGUCAGGCUGGCCACGCGCGCAGUACCAGCUACUCGGUGUCCUACUGCAUGCGCAAAGCUUCUGGAUCUCCUGCUACUGACAACAAAGAUAUUCGUGGCCGAACAUCAUCAGAACUGGAGGCACGCUCAGGUUGCAGUCUCAACAAAUACUCUACAAAUCUCUCUCGUUCACGGUCAGCACAGUCAUUGAAAUUACUGGGUGACUCAGCCUCUCAGGAUGACAAGAUGACUAUCUUGGCCCAGUUGUUUUGGCUCUCAGUUUCUCUUCUUGAAUCAGAUUAUGAACACGAAUUUCUUCUGGCUUUGAGAUUAUUAAGUCGGGUCUUGCAUCGGUUGCCACUAGACCGUCCAGAUGCUCGUGAUAAAGUCGAGAAAUUGCAGGCCCAGUUGAAAUGGACAGCAUUUCCAGGAGUCCAUGCUCUGCUUCUUAAGGGUUGCACUAGUCCAAACACGUAUGAGCCGGUGGUAACACUGCUCUCGCAGUUUACUCCACUGCUGGACCUACCUGUGGUUGACCCUACUCAGAGCUUAGCAUUCCCAAUGAAUGUUGUAGCAUUACUUCCUUAUAUGUUGCUCAAUUAUGAAGAUGCUAAUGAGCUUUGCAUUCGGAGUGCAGAGAACAUAGCUCAGGCAAGCACCGAAAAGAGCAAGAAACUUGAGAACCUGGGAACUGUGAUGACGCUGUACAGCCGUCGCACAUUCAGCAAAGAGAGCUUCCAGUGGACUAAGUGUGUUGUCAAGUACCUGUAUGACACGUACGCACAUCUCAGUCUCAACAUGUUAGCCUUCCUAGUUGAGGUUCUAGAGAAAGGGCCGACAUCAGUUCAGCUUCCUGUGCUGAGUAUUAUCCACAGCAUGUUGCAUUAUGUAGACCUGGCAUCAGCAGCAGCUCAGCCGAUCAAUGCUGAUUUGCUGCGGGUUAUAGCGAAAUACAUUGAGGGUGUUCACUACAAAGAAGCUCUGAAGAUAUUAAAAUUGGUGGUGACGCGCUCGUCUACAUUGGUUGCUCCUCCAACAUCUCUCCAUCCUCCUCACUGGGAGGCUUCUGCUACUUCGCUACACCCUUCAUUCACAGAUAGCGAGACGUUCACCAAGAAAGAAUUGCCAGGCCGAACAAUGGAUUUCACAUUUGACCUCUCUCAAACGCCGGUGAUAGGACGUCGGUUCCUUGUCAGAACAGAUGAGAAGGGGCCUAGCAGUGGAUCAGCAGCUUCUCCUAGGCGGUCCGUUUCUUUAUCACCUGCAGAUAGUGCCAGUAUUGCCGGUUGGAAACGACCGUGGAUGUCACAGGGGCGUGUACGCGAGUGCUUGGUGAAUCUCCUUACAACAUGUGGGCAGAGAGUAGGUCUGCCCAAGAGCCCAUCUGAUGGUUUUAUUAACACAAUUAAUAAGGUGAUCUUCAGCCAAAGCUCAGACCUGAUGGAACGCCAGUCCAGUAUGGCAUCAUCAACAGAAGAAGUAUCGGGCCCAAUGAAUGACCUCUCUGGUGGGUCUCGGCGUGAUGAAGGUGCAACCGAGCAGUUUGGCGUCUUCAAGGACUUUGACUUCCUUGAAUAUGAGAGUGAAAGCGUUGAGGGUGAAAGUACAGACAAUUUCAACUGGGGUGUGAGGCGAAGACCAUUAAGUGAUGGAGAAACAGAAAGAGAGCCAAGUCUUCGUCAGUUGGAAGAAAGUCUGAGUGAGAAAACGCCUGUUCUUGGAAAGAGGAAGCCACGGGGUGUAGCUGAGGAAUCUUCAGAUGAUGAAGUUGGUUCUGAAUCUCCGUUGGAUGAGGUGGCUGUGGCUCCAGAGUUUGGUGGCAAUUCUGCAGGAGGGACUGGAGUUUAUCCACCAUCUUCUCUUAGUCUGCACGAACAUCGGAUUCGCCGUGACUCAGGCACACGCUCAGAUACUUCUGGUUCAAGUGCUGGUGACCUUGGAGAUGUGACCCCAUGCAAUGCAUCUCCAAAUCUCUCAGCUCUCAUGGCUUUUCGUCCAAUCAUGAGAGAUGAUACUGAAGAAGUGUGGAGACUUCAAAUUCAGUCUCUUCUGAACCAGAUUCCAGCUUCACCUAUGGAAUUGUUUCAGUUGUUGCAUCGGCUUAUUAAGGAUGUGAGCAAGAAAACGGUGUCCCUGACUCAAGAGGCUUGUCAGUAUCUUUCUGGCAGCUCGGCUGUCACGUCUUCACAGGGGGCGACGUUAUUAGGAUCGAGACUGAUUCUUGUUACAGAGCUCCUUUCAGCUCAGGCUGAGCCACCGCGCGUGUGGAUCAGUGGCAACGCAGUCACUAGUUCUCGCCUUACUGAGGCCCUCAGGUUUGGAAUGUUGGAGAUUCAGGAACACUGGGAGACUUUCCUAGACAGGAAGGACCAUACAGUUGAGUGCAUUGAUGCUGUAAAGACAACUGUGAAGCUAAACCUACUUGGAGAGAACCAGUCUGAGUUGGGCAACGAGGAACUAGUUCUGGAUCUUGGACGAGCUCUAUACAAACUGCACUUCCAAUUGUUACUACUCAUUGAAGCUUCUAACAAGAUGGUCACUGCCCUCACUGUGGCAGCUCAUAACGGUCAACUGCGGGAUGUUUCUGCUGAGGUGGCAGCAGUGAAGGCUAGCUUAACGAGGGUAGUGGAAGAAGUGGGGGACUGUGACCACGGCACACCGACACCAACGCCCUCGCCCGUACCUGCCGGCUGUGAGGAGGUGGAGACGGCACUGCUCGAGCUGGUACACGCCGAGAAGUGGGCCGCGGCCCUUCGGCAUGCCCAGCACAACAGAGGAGUGUGGGUCGCUGAUGUUUCCCAAUGUGGUGCAGAAGAAGACGACAUCACAGGGAUAUUAAAUGUGUUUUGCAAACAUUUGGCACAUGACAAGUCUGACGUAUUUGUGGUGACCCGGACACAGGAGGACCUGGCUGACGUAUUCACUCGACUGAUGGAGAGCUUGUUUCAAGUGCUGGGGGCUGUCAAUGCUCUAGACACCCAGGUCAGAGACCAGCGGGAACACAGUGAUUCUUCCCUGCGCAAGACUGAGUGUUAAGUUAUAUUACUGUUGCAAAAAUUCUCAACCUUUUAUGACAGAGUUUGUCUUUGUAUUCGGAAUUCCAAAUUGGGAAGCUGCUUUUGAACAACACAUUCUAUAAAUGUCUACAUAUCAAAUUUACUUCCAGGAAUUACCAUUUACUGAUUAUUGGCAAGUAAGAAUUUUCAGUGCAGGAUUUGAGGUUUUCACAGUGGUGUGUCUGAAGAUAGCUGUCUUCUGGGUUGUUGUGCCGUAUGGUCUUGUAGAAGUUUACCGACGUUUCUGAGGUCCUUGCUGCCUCCAUUAUCAGGGCAGCGUGGGCCUCAGAAACGUCGGUUGACUUCUAUCAGACUACAUGGCGCAACAACUCAGAAGACAGCUACCUUCAAGUAUUUUCAAGAGAAAUGUGAAGACAUUGCUAACAUUAAGGGAACACAAGGUAAACAGAAUUUAGAGCAAUAGUGGCCAAAGAUUUAUUCAGAAAAUAAUGGUAAUAAUUAUAAUUAAAUGCAUAACAUAAAUUUGAUUUCUUGGUACAUUUGUAAUUUAUAUUCCACAUCAAAAUGGAAAAUCUUCCAACUGCUUAAAAUAUCUGAGAGGUUUCUACAGUUUACAAAUUAUUGUAUUUUCUGCUUACAAAUUGUACUUUGUAAGAACUGACAGGGGCACGGAGAAUUUUGAUCUGAACCAACACUUUUUUUCUGUCCGGUUUUGAAACAGACCCUAUGUCAAGAUACAAAUAUUUUUGAUGGAAAUAUAAAAGAUGUAAAUAUACUGAGUUGACAUGCUUUAAAAACUCAAACAUGGGAGCGUAAGCUGUUUUGUGAGAAACCUGACCAUGAAAUAGUUAACAAGUGUUGUAAAAUUUUGUUUGUCUCGUGCGCAUUCCAGCUUUGUGUGUUGCAUCAGUGUGCUGCUAACUGGUAACCAUAAAGUUAUAGUCUGGCCAGCAGUCUCAUAGUACAAGGCUUUAAGUCAUAUUUUCCCAUAUGAUAAAGGAUAAACAUUGUUACUUGUAUGUAUUUAGCCUCACACUCUGUAGCUAGGAUACAAAGAAACUGAUCAGUUUAUGUAUGAGUACGUAACUCUGUAAGCAUUCAUGGAGCUGUUCCAUUUUGAAGAAUUAUUUGUGCACAUCAUGUGACACUACGUUGAUGAAUAUCCUAUUUUAAUUCAGGUUUAACAGACGAAUUCAGCCUGUGCUCUGUUUCACUGAUUGAAGUCUCAUAGCAUCGUUCAUAUGUUGUAGGAUUUGAGGUUUUCACAGCAGUUAGUCUUAAGAUGACUGUCUUCUGUGUUGUUGCGCUGUGUAGUCUGGUAAAGUUUAAUGACAUUUCAGAGGUCCUUAAUGCUUCCAUCAUCAGGGCUGCAUGAACCUCAGAAAUGUCAGUAAACUUCUAUCAGACUACACAGUGCAACAACCCAGAAGGCAGCCACCUUCAUCCUCUGUAUGUUGUGUAAUACUCCUAUCUUAUGUCUAGUCCAGUUAUUCCACAUAGUUCAUAUAAUAAUUGAAUUGUUCUUGAGAGAAAGGAAGCUACGUUCUAGGUAUGCAUAAAGAUUCAACAUAUUUGGAGUGUAUAUACAAAGCCUUUUAGACUGAUCUCAGAAACAUCCUUAAUUCUGGAACAGUAAUGUCUUUAUUUUCCCACUCUUCCCAUUAUUUUUACUAGAAAUUGGGUAAAUAAAGUAUUAUUAAAUUAAUCAUGAUUUUUUAUGUGUUAGUACAGUGUAGGUACGUAUUUUUAGGGAAGGACUUUCUACUUGUGUCUGCAAAUGCUCUGAAUAUAUUCCACCCAGUACAAAUGUUUUGACCCCCGUCUGCUACUGUAUUUGUUCAAUUUAUAGGGCAGUUAGUUGCACUGAAGCAGUUAUAUGCUGUUGUGGUAUUUGCUUUGACAGAAAGCUGAAAAUGGGGUAUUCUUACUUACAUUCUAUAAAGUGCAUAUGAGAGUGACAGAUGGUCAUAACAGAUGUGGUGGAAAACAGAGCUCUCAUCCUUAUAAUGUAAAAAUGUUUAGGAAAUAAAUAUUUAAGUGUUAGUUAACAGCAGAAUUAAACUCCAUAAUAUUGCAUCUCAUUACAUGUAAUAUUUAUUCCAUUUUAGUUUCAAGAGUGAUUAAUGAUACAAGAUCUGAUUAUGUAUUACUUUUCCAUUUGCAUUUAACUGUUUGCUACUUAGGAUUUCCAUACAGUUUAGUUGGUCCAUAAGAUGUAAUUCCAAUUCACAUCUGUACCUUAAAUUACAUACAGAAUUGUCUUUCUUAUGUCUGAAUUAUAAUAAAUCUCUUGGUGGUGAUGAUGCAUUUAGGCACA